AUGCAGCAACAGCCACCACCACCCGCCCACGCCGGCCUCUUCGACUUCACCCCCCUCAGCUACGCGCCCCUCCUAACCCCGACCUCCAUCCGCCUCCUCAAAAUCAUCGGCCGCAACAGCCCUUCCUACCUCCAGGCCCACCCGCAGCACCAUAAAUCAUCCGCCGCCUCGGCCAAGCACUCCAACACCGCCAGCAGAAGCAUUCCACCGCCAUCCAUCUGCGGAUACCCGCUCAUCCAAUGCUCGCUCGAGACGUAUGACCUCGCUUCCGACGCGCUGCCGCCAUAUGCAGCGCUGUCGUACACAUGGGACACGCCGGAGCCGGACUGGCUGAUGCGCGGGCGCGACGCGACGCGCGACGACUACGGGCCCGGAACGUCGUGGCCGGUGUCCGUCGACGGCCGCCUGUUCCUCGUGCGCAAGAACUUGUUCGAGGCGCUGCAGCAGUUUCGGCCGGACAAUAGGAACCACCAGAAGGCGAAGCGUAGUAGCAGUGAAGACGAAGACAGAGAAGAGGAGCAGGAGCAGGAGGAAGAGGAAGACGUCGACUACGCGCUCAUCGAGGCCGCGGAGAACGGGAACUUGGUUGAGGUAAGGAGGCUGCUGGCGCGCGGGGCCAGCGUCGGCGCGCUGGACGGCUGGGGCGAGACGGCGCUGCAUUAUGCGGCAGAGAACGGGCACUACGAGGUGGUCAAGGAGCUGGUAAGGGCGGGUGCGCAGAUUGGGCUGUUUGACUUGAAAGGCCGUACGCCGCUGCAGUGCGCGAUGCAGUACCGGAAGGGGGCGGAUCACAAGAAGGUCAAGAAGUUCCUGUGGGAUGAGAAGUUCAGGCGGAAGAUGCUGAGGCUGAGGGACGAGGAGGAGGAGGAAUGGCGGCGGCUGUCUAGGUCGGAGGACGACGAGGAGGGGGACGAGAGCUGGGAUGAGGAUGAUGAUAGCGGGACGGAUUCGGAUGGGGAGAGUGGGACGGAGUCGGAGGACGAGCUGGAGCGCGGGGAGAGGAUGCUGUGGAUCGAUGCGAUAUGUAUCAAUCAGGACGAUCUGGAGGAGCGCGCGGCACAGGUGAAGAUCAUGCCCCAGAUCUACGACCGCGCGGAUGAAGUGCUCGUCUGGCUGGGUACCGGCCUCGACCGCGCUUGGAGACUGCAGCGCGCCAUCUCGCGAGUAAACAAGGCGGACGGGGACCUAGAUGAGCUGGCUCGCAAGUGGCAGAAUUCCCUCGAGUACCUGCUCCGGAACGGAAUGGGGCCGGGCGAGAACGAGCUGCCUGAGGGCUGCAUCCUGGCACCCGGUGAGGUUGAGGAGCUGUCGCACUGGCUAACCAGAUCCUACUUCACGCGCACCUGGGUUGUGCAGGAACUUAGCCUGGCAAAGCGCGUGCGCAUGUUCUCGGGGCCAUACGAGUUCUGCUGGCCGGACGUGCUCAAGUUCCUGGGGCUGCUGGCACGGGUGGGUUACUUCGACAACUCGACCUUCUGGCGCAUCGACAACGGCAAGCGGAGCGAGGACAACAUCGGCGGCGACAGCGGCGAGGCCUGGAAGCUGGCCGAGAUCCGUCUGCGCACGCGCGACAACGCCUCCGAAUGGGCACUACUCGAGCCCAUCUUCGCCAACCACUGCUCCUUCGACAAGUCAUCGUCAUCCCGCAAGAUGAUCUGGCGCGCUGACCACCGCCGCCUCAGCCUCCCCAUCAUCCUCUCCCUCUGUUGGACCUUCCAGUCCAAAGACCCCCGCGACAAGAUCUUCGCGCUCCUCACCAUUGCCCAACCCCUUCCCGAACCCGACCAGAUCACCAUCGACUACUCCGUUCCCGUCCACCGCCUCUUCACCUCGGUUGCCCACCUCUUCAUGCGCGGCUCCGGCGACGACGCCAUGUACAUCGUCCAUUCGGCCACCGGCGCCGCCGCCGACUUCCUCGAGCCCCUCGAGGGCCUCUCGUACGUCCAGAUCCCCAACAUGGGCCACCGCACCCGCAUCCCCGGCAUGCCGUCCUGGACCCCGGAGUUCAGCACGCCCCUGACUACCACCCGCCUCUGGCGCCGCAGCUUCUCGGCCGCCGCGUCAGAUACGGCGCCGCCGCUGGAGUUUGGCCCGCAUCCAGACGACAACGCCGUGAUGAGGGUCAAGGCGCGCGUCGACUGGGACGAGGUGGCCGCGGUGGAAGACCUGUGGCAGCGCGACGAGAAGCUGACCAUCGACGUGCCGCCGUGGCUCGAAGUGCUGCUAGCGCUGCUGCCAGAAGGCGGGAACUACGGCCCCACGGGCGAGUGCGGCAUGCAGGCGCUGUGCCGCACCCUCAUGGCCGACAAGCUGUGGGACGAGGCUGACGCCGACGCGCAGCAGCGCGUGCGUGAUUCGUUCAGGGACUUCCUGGGCUGGGAGCUGGCGUACGAGCUCGAAGACGAGACUGGUAAUGUGUGUCAUGCGCACGACCAAGUGUGGAACUUGGUCACUGAGGCGAGGCAGAGGGUGGAUUACUUGCCGCCGCCGCCGCCGUGCGCUACUGCCGAGGAUUCUGCUGACGGGUCUGAGGGGGCUGAUGCUGGUAGGUUCUUCAUGCCGUCCGUCGAGGAGAUUGGGGAGCGCGGCAAGCAGUUCUCGGAGAAGUGCGCGGAAGGGGGAUUCAGGUGGUGUAAUUACCACGCCCUAGAUUGCGUGACGUAUGACGACGGUACGACGUUUAGGUCUGCGUUUCUGCGCGUGUACAGGAAGCGUGCUCUGUUCAGGACGGCGAAGGGCUACUUGGGUCUCGGUCCCGUUGAUACCAAACCUGGAGAUAAGAUCGCUUUGGUGGCUGGCGCGAGGGUGCCGUUUAUUCUCAAGAGAGUGAAGGGGAAGAGGAGUAAGCACGGUCGUAAGCAUGGAGAGAAGAAGGAUAGAAGAGAUGAUAAUGGCAGUGACGAUGGGGGAAAGAAGAGGCAUGAGGGAAGGUAUAAAUUGGUUGGCGAGGCGUAUGUGCACGGUAUUAUGCAUGGAGAGGCAUUCAAUGGGGCGGACGAUGAAGUUUCGGGAGGGUUUGAGAUGAUUGAUUUGGUGUGA